GUCAGAGACAGGAAGAGCACUUGUCCCGGACAGACUGGGGGAUCUACACUUGUCUUUUCCCCAAAAGGCAGCAGAUGAAUUCCCACCUAGAGCUAAAUGGAAGCCUAACACAGAACCACAGACAACUGCCGUGAGGCUAUCUUUGUCAGUGCGAUGGAUGAGGCCCACAGUUCAGAGGUCAAGUUCAGGCUGAACAAGGCUCCAGCUCAUCCUACGUCCAUCACCACGGCCAGAGGACAGUGGUCAAGCAAAAUUGAGUUCCUCUUGGCUGUUGCAGGACAAAUCAUUGGCCUGGGAAAUGUUUGGAGAUUUCCUUACCUGUGCUACAAAAAUGGCGGAGGUGUGUUCUUCAUCCCGUAUAUACUCUUCUUUAUUACCUGUGGCAUCCCCCUGUUUCUGCUGGAGACCUCUCUUGGCCAGUACACCAAACAGGGGGGUAUUACCUGCUGGAAGAAAAUCUGUCCCCUGUUUGAAGGGAUAGGUUAUGGCAGUCAGAUAGUUGUUUUGUACUCUAGCAUUUAUUACAUCAUCAUCCUGGCCUGGGCCUUCCUGUAUCUGUUCUCUUCCUUUAACUCGGAGCUGCCUUGGGCGAGCUGCAGAAACAGUUGGAACACAGAGACGUGUGUGGAGUUCGAUAGAAAAGCUGAUUCUUACAACUGGACUGUGCCAGAAAAUGCAACGUCACCUGUGAGAGAGUUCUGGGAGAGAAGAGUUUUGAAUCUCUCAGGGAACAUCAAUGAAUUGGGCAGCAUACAAUGGGAGUUAGCUCUGUGCCUUCUGUUGUCCUGGAUCAUCUGUUACUUCUGCGUCUGGAAGGGAGUGAAGUCCACGGGGAAGGUGGUUUACUUCACUGCUACCUUUCCAUAUUUGAUGAUGAUAGCGUUGCUCAUUCGUGGAGUCACGUUGCCUGGGGCCUUAGACGGGAUCAAAUACUACCUUUACCCAGAUCCUUCCCGCCUCGCUGAUCCACAGGUGUGGAUGGAUGCUGGCACGCAGAUAUUUUAUUCCUAUGCUAUUUGCAUUGGAUGUCUAAUUGCACUUGGCAGUUAUAAUAAGUACGACAAUAACUGCUUCAAGGACUGUGUAUAUUUGUGCCUUCUGAACAGUGGGACCAGUUUUGUUGCAGGCUUUGCCAUCUUUUCUGCACUUGGUUUCAUGGCAUAUGAGCAAAACACACACAUAUCACUAGUGGCAGAGUCAGGUCCUGGCCUUGCGUUCAUUGCCUAUCCUCGAGCAGUCGCCAUGAUGCCUUUUCCUCAGCUCUGGGCGUUUUUCUUUUUCAUAAUGAUCAUCCUCCUGGGUCUGGACAGCGAGUUUGUAGGUCUGGAAGCUCUCGUCACAGGAAUUUCCGACAUCAAUCCGGCCUUCUUCCACGUUGGCCACCGACGCAAACUUCUUCUACUUGCCAUCAGUGUUGUCAGUUUCUUAAUUGGCCUUGUGAUGGUGACAGACGGUGGACUGUACAUCUUUCAGUUGUUUGACUACUAUGCCUGCAGUGGGAUGACUCUUCUCCUCUUUGCCAUAUUGCAGUCUGUCAGUGUUGGAUGGGUGUAUGGUGCAGACCGUUUUUUUGGAAACAUUGAGGACAUGAUUGGAUACAAGCCUCUGUCUCUGCCUCUGAUUAAGUACUGUUUGAAAUAUGUCACUCCAGUAGUCUGCCUGGCCACAUUUAUUUUCUCUUUAAUCAAACACACUCCUUUGAAGUUCAACAACAACAUUGAGUAUCCAUGGUGGGGUUAUGCUCUUGGCUGGUGGUUCACUCUCUCCUCCACACUCAUUGUUCCCAUCUGGAUGCUGUACAAUCUGUGCACAACUCCUGGUACACUACGACAGAGGAUCUCCAUCUUGUGUACUCCAGCUGACGACCUUCCUCUGGCCAUCUCAGCAAAAAAGGCUCUGGAACUGCUCGACUUGAGUUCCCCUCCUGACAGCAUUAUGUCCUAGUGAGAAGAGACAAACUGGAGCAGCUCCACUCAGCACUUUUUUACAUCUAUUCAUGUAGCAGAGAAGGCUGGGACAUCCUGAAGGAGCCUCCAGGACGUCCCAAUGUGAUGUUUCUGACCGGAGUACUGCCACUGCUCAGACAGGCAGGAAACAUAUGCAAUCACAAGUUUGUAUUCUUGUUAAUCAUUGUUACAUUAUUCUUAUUCUUACAUUAGUAAGAUGGUCAGAAACAGAUCUCAGUGGUGGCAAAGGCCAAAAGACACACCCACUCCAAGUAUCACCCACAAUAAGACACGCCCCUUUCAAGUAACGCCCACCGAAAGGCACACCCACUCUAUGAUAUAAUUGGAUGUUAACCCAAUCAUUAAUUAGUGCGUGUUGCUGCUAUACGUCAGCAAGCUGUGAAUGAAAUACUACGCCAGGCAAUAUAUGUAAACAAGGGAGCUGUGGUGUGUUUAGAUAAAAUCAUUUUACAUUUACAUGAUUUUUAUUUUCAAAAUUUAUAUAUAUGAUAAAUGUGAAGUACAUCAGGGUCACGUGAACUGAAUUGUUUUUUUGAUGGGAAAUAAUUCAUUGUCUUAAGGAACUGUAAAAUCCCCCAGGUGUCAAGGAUGGAUUUGAGGAAAAUCCUAUAGUGAGACCCUGGCUAUAUCCUCUUUUCAUUUUCUUAUAGCAGUGGAACAAUACUUUAUACUAAAUAGACAAAUCAAUUUAUAAGAUAAAAAAUGAUGAGUUAGGUGAAAUUCUGAUGUAACAGCAGGAUAAG